UCCAAAAUCUACCACAUUGUUGCAUAAACCUAGAACCUUCUAUCUCUCUCUUCUCCUUCAUUCCCAAAUUUGAAAGAAAAAAAAAAUGGAGAUGUUUUUCGAUAAUUAUAUUGUCGGCACGUUCUUGGUUUCCCUUUUUGCCUUCCUUUUUCUUUUCAUUUUGCGGCGCUAUAAUAAUAAUAAUAAUAAUAAUAAUGAUAAUAACACCAGGAAGAAGAGAUUCGAGACAGGGUAUUCUAGGGAAAUUAAGACCCAAACCGGCGCCGGCAAAGGAGAAUGCUCGCCUGGAAAUGGUUCCGGCGAUGACGUCAUCAUCGUCGGUGCCGGUGUUGCUGGUGCUGCUCUUGCUUAUACCCUUGGCAAGGAUGGAAGGCGAGUUCAUGUGAUCGAACGAGACUUGACCGAACCGGAUCGGAUCGUUGGAGAACUGUUGCAGCCAGGAGGGUACCUUAAACUAGUUGAAUUAGGCCUUGAAGAUUGCGUAGAGGACAUCGAUGCUCAGCGUGUGCUCGGGUACGCUCUCUUCAAAGACGGGAGAAACACAAAAUUGUCAUAUCCCUUGGGGAAGUUUCAGGCAGAUGUUUCAGGACGAAGCUUCCAUAACGGCCGUUUCAUACAAAGGAUGAGAGAAAAAGCCGCUACUCUUCCGAAUGCAAAGCUAGAGCAAGGGACAGUGACAUCUUUGCUUGAAGAAAAAGGGACAAUUAUAGGGGUGCAAUACAAAACUAAAGAUGGUGAAGAACUAAGAGCUUAUGCUCCUCUUACGAUUGUAUGCGACGGUUGUUUUUCGAACCUCCGCCGGUCUCUUUGCAACCCUAAGGUGGAUGUACCCUCUUGUUUUGUGGGUUUGGUCUUAGAGAACUGUGAACUCCCGUUUUCGAAUCACGGCCACGUUAUCCUAGCCGAUCCUUCACCCAUCUUGUUUUAUCCCAUUAGUAGCACAGAGGUUCGUUGCUUGGUCGAUGUACCUGGGAAGAAAGUUCCUUCCGUUGCUAAUGGGGAAAUGGCGAAUCAUUUGAAGACCGUGGUGGCACAACAGGUUCCACCCGAGCUUCGCGAUGCCUUCAUAGCUGCAGUAGACAAAGGUAAUAUCCGAACCAUGCCAAAUAGAAGCAUGCCGGCUGAUCCUCAUCCGACUCCAGGUGCACUUCUUAUGGGAGAUGCUUUCAACAUGCGCCAUCCUUUAACCGGCGGUGGUAUGACCGUAGCAUUGUCCGAUAUUGUUGUACUUCGAGAUCUUCUUAGGCCUUUGCAUAACCUUCAUGAUGCAGCCUCCUUAACCAGCUAUCUCGAAUCAUUCUACACGUUACGCAAACCUGUCGCAUCUACAAUAAAUACUCUGGCCGGUGCUCUUUACAAGGUGUUUUCCGCUUCACCUGACGAAGCAAGGAAGGAAAUGCGCCAAGCCUGUUUCGACUAUUUGAGCCUUGGAGGUGUUUUUUCAACAGGACCAGUGGCUUUACUCUCCGGUCUAAACCCUCAGCCGUUGAGUUUAGUACUUCAUUUCUUUGCCGUCGCGAUUUACGGAGUCGGUCGUCUGAUCCUACCGUUUCCUUCGUUCCAACGCAUGUGGAUUGGAGCUAGGUUAAUUUGGAGUGCAUCUGGAAUUAUUUUCCCCAUAAUCAAGGCAGAGGGAGUGAGGCAGAUGUUCUUCCCAGCUACGGUUCCGGCGGUAUAUCGAGCUCCUCCUGUCGUCAACUGAUGCAACCAAGAUUAAAAGAUUGAAACCGUUACCUCUUUGCUUUAGACCCCAUGAUUGAUAAGUGUUAUGUUGCAUGUAUGAUGAGGACAUUGUACAACUGUAAGAUAUGUUUUGAUACCGUUCUUUCUAUGAACAGAAUUCUCCCACUCUUCAAUUCUCCAAA